AUGAUCUUCCUGAAUCAGUUAUUGGUAGCCAUAACUACUACCCCAAUGUCCUUUCUUCUGUGGCACAUGCAAUAUCCACCCAAAGCAAAUUUCAUGUUUUCUACCGUCCAAGCUCGAAAGCCCAAUCUGUCUUCUUGGCCGAAGAAAAGAAAGUAUGAAAAGGGUUCUUCUACUGCAAAAGUAGCUUCUUGUGAAACUGACAUUGAGGGAUCUCAUGCUAAUGGAUUUUGUGACUUGAAUUGGUUUUCCUCUGGCAUUGAUAUGAAGGAAUAG